AUGCCGGAGCCUACCGCUCAGAUUACACUUGGAGCCCCUCCGCCCAUCGUAGAUGUCGAAUACGGAAAGCCCUUCUACUUUACGAAUCCCGCGCAAGGUCUCGAAAUCACAGAUCCCUUAGUAGGAAAAGGAGUUCGAGAAAGUGGCAUCAAUGGCUCGAAGGUCCUUCAAGACUCUACCACCAAAAAGACAUAUCUCUGGCAGAACAGCCAAGACCCCGCGGAAGAGACCAGCUAUCAGACAUUUGUCGACACCCGGGAGAGAGACAACUGGAAGAGAUACACCGUUGUGUGGCGAUGGAUCAGGUGCGGACCGAGGCUGUGCGGGAAGGUCAAAAACCCAGAGGAUUUGACGUGCCCAUGUGGAUGGAGACUGCUUAUAGACGCUAAGCCGCCUGGGUGGAAAGUGGGGGACGGGUUAAAGGCGGAGACGGAGGGAUGGAAGAACGAUGUUAAUCCCUUCGCUAUGGACUACACAGGAGAUGCCGUUGGCGACUGGGAAUUCGACAUGGUGGACGGUGUUUUGUGCAGGAAGCAGAUUUCUACCGACAACGUAGAACAGGUGGUGUACAGUCAGGUACCGGUUAAGGGUGGUUGGAUCGGUCGGUGGCCGGGUAUUCAGUAG